GACAAACAAAUCAGUCUCGUCGUGACUAUCGCGCGUGCGAUCCACGCUCUCUUCGCUCACCAGAGUUCCUCGCUAAGCGGAUUGUACACGCGCAGAAGCACCUGCGUCGUCUUCAACCUCAGCAUGCUGAUUUCAACGAGCACAUGACACUUUUUCCCUGAAGAAGUACUGUACGCAGCUGUCUGUGACCCCCUUUUUGUCUAAAGAAUCAAAGAAAGAGAGGAAUUCAAAGACGUUGUGAUGGGUUCCGGAUAUUUAAAGCGUGCGAAUACUGAACGCCUCCAUGAAAUAUUUAAUCAGUACGCUUCACAAGAGAAGAAUGGCGAGAGGUUCAUGACCCCGGCUGACUUCGUCAGAACAUACCUUGGACUCUACACGAAUCCAGAUUACAAUCCUGAUUCCGUCAAUUUGCUCGCUGGUAUCGUUGAUACCAGUAAAGAUGGACUCAUAUCAUUUGCCGAGUUCCAAGCGUUCGAAGGGCUGCUCUGUGUACCAGAUGCCCUGUACAAGACAGCCUUCCAGCUGUUCGACACUAAUGGAAAUGGAAUGGUUGCAUUUGACGAGUUCGCUGAGGUGAUGCGUAAGACAGAGCUUCACCUGAGAAUGCCCUUUAACAUGGACAGCAGUUUCAUUAAACUCUAUUUUGGGAAAGAUAAGAAGAGGCUGAUCAGCUAUGCAGAAUUCAGUCAGUUCCUGCAUGAUUUCCAUGAAGAGUACGCUACAGAGGCGUUCAAGAAAUUUGACAAGGAUGGUCAGGGCUUCAUUUCAGCGUUAGACUUCCAGGAUAUCAUGCUCAGCAUCAAGAGUCACUUGCUGACCAAGGACGUGAAGGACAACUUGGUUGCUGCAGCCAGCACCGGGCACAGUGGACGGAAAGUCAGUUUCCCCUAUUUCAUGGCGUUUAAUUCCCUCUUGAACAACAUGGAGCUCAUUAAACGUAUUUACCUGAACGCGACGAAUGGUCAUAGAUACGAAGAGGUCACCAAAGAGAGGUUCCUUCAUUCGGCACAAAUGAUGUCUCAGAUUACACCGCUGGAGGUGGACAUCCUGUUCCAGUUAUGCGAUCUCCAACACCAAACAAUAAAAAUCGUGUACAAUGACCUCGUGGCUAUCACCCCGGAGCAGUAUUUCAAACAGAUCACGAAGCGUUUGGCCGAGAUCAAGGCGGUGUCUAGCCCGGACGAACGUGGAGUGAUCGUUCAGAUUCUGGAGAGCGGAUAUAGAUUCGUCUUGGGAUCCAUAGGAGGAGCGGUGGGUGCCACGGCAGUGUACCCAAUUGACCUGGUGAAGACUAGGAUGCAGAAUCAGAGGACAGGCUCUUUGGUCGGUGAGCUGAUGUACAGGAACAGCUUUGACUGCUUGAAAAAGGUGAUCCGGCACGAGGGUUUCUUCGGUCUGUACAGAGGUCUGGUGCCUCAGCUGAUGGGCGUGGCGCCUGAAAAGGCCAUCAAGCUGACCGUUAACGACUUUGUCAGAGAUAAGUUCAUGGAUAAAAAUGGCAAUCUGCCUCUAUACGGGGAAAUUAUGUCCGGCGCCUGUGCUGGAGGUUCUCAAGUGAUAUUUACCAAUCCUCUGGAAAUCGUCAAGAUUCGGUUACAGGUGGCUGGAGAAAUUGCUGGUGGUUCUAAAGUCAGAGCUUGGACCGUAGUUAAAGAAUUAGGCAUUUUUGGUCUAUAUAAAGGUGCGCGGGCCUGCUUCUUAAGGGAUGUUCCCUUUAGUGCAAUCUACUUUCCCAUGUAUGCUCAUACGAAAGCAAGAUUAGCCGAUGAAGGAGGUUACAAUACUCCUUUGUCGCUUUUAGUAUCCGGUGCUCUUGCUGGUGUACCUGCAGCAGCGCUGGUCACUCCUGCAGACGUAAUAAAGACAAGAUUACAAGUUGUAGCAAGACGCGGUCAGACAACGUACAACGGAUUGCUGGACUGUGCGAAGAAAAUCUAUAAGGAAGAGGGACCCAGGGCGUUCUGGAAAGGAGCUACAGCACGAGUAUUUAGAUCAUCGCCCCAGUUUGGCGUCACGCUGUUCACCUAUGAAGUCCUGCAGAGGCUGUUCGUGGUUGACUUCGGAGGCUCUCGACCUACCGGGUCGGAGCAAAAGGUUCCAACUACAGGGGCAGCCCACGAGAUCCGCUCAACGAACCCAGAUCACAUAGGAGGUUACCAGAUAGCUCUACCAAUCUUCACAGGCAUCGAGACAAAGUUUGGUCUCUGUUUACCGAGGUUUCAAGCAGUUAGCACCGGAAAGUAACGUCGUCAGUCGGCUUCAGCUAGACCAGUAAGCUUGUAGCGACCCCUGUCAUCCUCAGAAUUGCGUAAUGAGUCGCUGAAUAUUGAAAAGUGUCCUAAUAAGAGCGAGGAACGAGCUCCACAGAACCACGAACAGAGCGAAUAUAAGAACGUGUCGUCGUCGAUCGACCACAGGACCUAGAAUUUAUGGAGUCAACGGUAGGGUGCCUCAGGAGACGAAGAGGAAGCUUUCUGGAUAAAGUAGAGACCGAAGAGUAAUAUAUCUUAGGGAAAUUAAGGAAUUGGAGGUCUAAGAUGCACGAGAAUCGAACCUAGAAGAGCCAAAGAUGAUUCCAAAUUGAUCGUUCUACUCUGUUUGAUGCAAAGAAUCAAAGGAUAGAUGUUAGAAGUAUGGUAGGGACUGUCAGUGGUUCUUCAAGGUAGCUUGAUUGGCGUGCAUCUGGAGAAAAAGAUAAAAGGACAGCGUCAACGCGCACAACCACUCGGUGAUGGCCUCUUCACCGAGAUCGAGCUAGCAGGGAAUCGUGGAUAAAUCAUACACAGGGUUUAGACGAGUUAAAACACAGACGGUUUAGCCUAAAGACAUUAUCGAAGCACGAGAACAGUCCCUUUACGCUUAUGUGUGGAGCUCGAAUGGAUUGGCGAUGCGAAGAAGCAGAAGAGGUAGUUGUUAUCUUCUUUGUACACUUUCUUUUUCCACGAUUCAUCCUUUGCACUGGGUUCUGUGUGGUCGAUAAAAUUCCUCCAAUUAUUAGCGUAGCAAUAAUGUAUUUCUUCUUCGAUAUCCCUUUGCUUAUUCAGAAUUUUGGCAUGAACAUGACGAAUAAAAAUUAUGGUUGAUUGGAAAUAGGAGUGCAAAGGGUGAAAUUGUGUAUAUAUUUAAACAAAAAAUGUUCAGUCCAGCCUUGUUCAGCAAGAGAAAGAACCGAUUCGCGCUUUAAGCUUUGCUUAAACGCCUUCUUGGCCGCCAUGUUACUUUUUCUACUUUUUAUAUAUGUGAAUGGAAAACAUGCUUGUCCUUAAGCGAGGAGUUCACGCUAUUUUUGUAGGAUUUCCGUUCGAGUGGAGAGGAAGUAGAAGCUCCACGAGACGGUUUCCGUUUCUUUUGAUCCUUGAGGGGAGAUUUUGGUCGAA